AUGCUCGCAGUGCUCCUACCCGACCACGACCGCCACCCCUUCCAAGAAGACGACGACGGCAACCUCGGCCCCCAAGACGACGACGACGACCGCGCCGCCCAAGACGACGCUGAGCAGCAGCGCGGCCACGACGGCGCCGGCGAGCUUCCCCUUCCCGACGUCGACGUGCACGGGCAGGCUGCUGAGCAUUGCGGGGUGUCCGACGCCGUAUGA